AAAAUUUGCGUGCUUUAUAUAUAUUUAUAUAUAAGGCUUCCCCUCUAUACUAGUACCUCUGGUCAUCUUCUCCUCCAAAGAAAAAAGAACUAAUGGCCACUACUCGAAGAAGCAACUCAGAAGUCGAGUUUCAUGGUGAUCAUGACCAUCAUGAACUACUACUACUUCCUCCUCUGUGCGAGAAAAUCCCAGUCAAAAACACUCUAAACAAAGCUAUUAAUCUCACAACCCUACUCCUCCUCAUCUCCAUCCUUCUAUAUCGUCUUCUUCACCUCUCUGAACAUGGCUACCCUUGGCUCUUCGCCUUCUUAUCCGAGUCCUGGUUCACCUUCGACUUCCUCCUCAGUCUCAACACUAAGUGGACCCCACUCGAUUUCAAAACUCACCCACAAACACUCUUACAAAGGGUGAAGAGAGAUGAGGUACCAGCGGUGGAUAUGUUCGUGACGACGGCGGACGUGGGUUUGGAACCACCCAUAAUGACAAUAAACACUGUGCUGUCACUCAUGGCGGUGGAGUAUCCACCUCACAAGCUGGCUUGCUACGUGUCAGAUGAUGGUUGCUCCCCUAUCAUCCUCUACUCUCUCAUCCACGCUUUCCAGUACGCCCGCAUCUGGAUUCCUUUCUGUAAAAAAUACGGUAUUCAAGUCCGGGCACCUUUUAGAUAUUUCUCUAAUGACGACGCCGUUUUGCCAACUGCUCAACAUCGUGGUGUUAAGGGUAAUUAUAACUUCGCCCAGUUUCAACGGGAAUGGAAAAAUAUGAAGGAGGAAUACGGAAAGCUUAAAGAGAAGAUAGAAAAGGUUGUGAACGGAACUGUCCCUUUCGAUUGUUCUGGAGAGUAUGCCGAUUUCGCAUAUGCACACAAAAAUGACCAUUCUAGUAUAAUAAAGGUGAUAUGGGAAAACAAGGAAAAUGACCCAAAUAGCUUGCCUCAUCUAGUUUAUGUAAGUAGAGAGAAGCGUCCCGCUACACCACAUCACUACAAAGCUGGUGCUAUGAAUGUUUUGACUAGAGUGUCUGGAGUGAUGACAAAUGCUCCAUUUAUGCUGAAUGUGGAUUGUGACAUGUUUGUAAACAAUCCAAAUGUAAUCCUUUACGCCAUGUGUUCUUUCCUUGGUCUCAACCCUCGUGACUCUGCCUUUGUUCAAUUCCCACAAGUCUUCUACAAUGAAUUGAAAGACGAUCCUUUUGGAAACCAAAUGGUUGUUAGUUUUGAGAUUAUUGGGCGUGGGAUGGCAGGUAUCCAAGGACUCGUUUACGCAGGAACUGGAUGCUUUCAUAGACGUAAAGUUAUCUAUAAUUUCGAUUUGGAUAACGCUGAUAUUAAAGGCAAAGAAUUAUUAGUUGAUGAAAAUGAGACCACGACAUUUGGAAACUCCAAGGAGCUCAUGGAAUCAGUGGCUAAGACCUGUACAGAACCAGUAGUACUUUAUGGGAAGAAUAAUAUUGACACAAUUAUUAGUUCUCAUCAUCAUCAAGAUCUCUCAACUAUGGUUCAAGCAGCACACCAAGUUGCUCGUUGUGACUAUGAGCAUGGUACCACUUGGGGUGCAAAGGUGGGUUGGAAAUAUGGUUCGAUGACAGAAGAUGUCCUAACAGGAAUGCAAAUUCAUGCCAUGGGGUUGAAAUCGGUGUCAUGCAUGCCAAACCCACCGGGGUUUAUGGGCAUUGUACCAACAAGUGGGCCCACAUCAAUGACCCAAGUAAAGAGAUGGGUAACUGGGCUUCUUCAAAUUUUGUUCAGUAGGAACAGUCCAAUCUUCGCAACCUUGCACUCUAAGCUUCAAUUCAGACAGUGCUUGAUUUACACUUGGAUUCUUAUCUGGGGCCUACGCUCUAUUCCUACACUAUGCUACGCUAUUCUGCCAGCCUACUGUAUCAUUACCAACUCAAGUUAUUUACCUAAGGUCAAUGAACCAGCAAUGUUGCUAUUUUUAGCUCAAUUUGUUAUCGAAAAUAUGGAAACCUACCACUUUUAUCGUAAAUAUGGCCAAUCCUUUAUUGCAUGGUGGAACAACUUGAAAAUGGCAAAAAUAAAUGCAACCACUUCAUUGUUAUUCGGAGUAGUAAGUUUCCCACUUAAGCUAUUGGGAAUUUCAGAGAUCGUUUUUGAAGUAACACAAAAAGAAUCUGAUGAUAAGACUAGGAGCAGUAGUACUACACAAGGCACUGAAAAUUCAAAAGAUAAGGAGGUUGUAAACGCUGGUAGGUUUACAUUCGAUGAUUCUGCGUUGUUUGUGCCACCCACAACAUUGUUGUUUGUAGAAGUAGCUGGAUUGGGAUUGAGCAUGUGGGAGGGUGGACGAGAUGAGGUAGGGCUUGGGGAGUACUUGGCUAGUUUUUGGGUGGUGAUGUGCUUUUGGCCUUUUGUCAGAGGUCUUUUUGGGAAGGGCAAAUAUGGGAUUCCCUUGUCUACUUUGUUAAAGUCUUUUUGUUUUUCAUUUAUUUGUGUACACUUGUGUAGAUAUGCUUCAGUUCUUGGCUAAGGCAAGGCCUACUAGAUUUUAUGGUCUAAAUCAGUGAAUUGCAGAAUGUAGAGUAAGAAAUUACAACACUUUUAUUAAUUUAUUGAAGACUACUUACAAUCUUUUAACA